CACUGUUCUGAUCAGCCAUGGCGAGCAUGAUGGCGAGCGUGUGAAUUUGUAGAUGGGCCCAUGUUUGUUUAAUCAGUUCAAAAUGCUUUCACGACACUGUGUUAAGAAUGCAUCACGAUACAGAUGUGUGCAGCAGUUAUUCGUAAGCGUUCGUGCUGGAAAGUUCGCACGAUUUAAAGUACCGCUUCGGUGUUACAGCAACCCAACUCGAAGCGGAUACAAGCCCGUCGAAUUCAAACCACCCACAUUGGACGACCUCCCAAAGUUUAAAGGCCCAUGGCUAGAAGUUUAUUCCGCGCAACAGAGCAAGUACAAUCGUCAGCUUGUGCUCAGCAUAGCAUUUAUUGCUGGAACCGUGGCGUAUGUUGCAGCGUCAGAUAUCCUCGAGUUUGGCAACCCUCCACCCAUGAAGAAUCCGCCGAACAACGCAGAACAACCGAAAAGUCCUUCAACAGGAAAGAUGGUUGGAGGUACAGCGCAGCCAGCAGCGCAUACAAUGAUUCCAGAUAUGGUUCCUUAUUUGCUUAUCGGCGCAGGCACGGCAUCAUUUGCUGCCUUCCGUGCAAUUCGAGCCAUUGAUCCAACGGCAAAAGUACUGCUAAUUGGUGAUGAGGACCACAAGCCAUACAUGCGACCACCACUUUCAAAGGAACUGUGGCUUGUUGACGACGCUGCUAAGAGCCUUCGGUUCAAACAGUGGAAUGGGAAGGAACGAAGUAUCUUCUUUGAGCACGAAGAUUUCUACUGUCGUCCCGAGGAAUUGGACGAUCGUGAGAAUGGAGGUGUGGCAGUAUUGCACAACUGUCGUGUGACAAGAAUUGAUGCAGAUCUUCAGAAAGCUUUCCUUGAAGAUGGUCGCGAAAUCCGCUACGGCAAGUGCUUAAUAGCAACAGGUGGUCAACCCAAGAACCUUGCUGUUUUUGAAAAGAAGCCAGAACUGGCCACUCACUUGACACUGUUCCGUGGUGUUGACGAUUUUAAAUCUUUGGAAGAAAUAUCGAGGAAGUCCAAGUCAAUUGCUAUUGUAGGUGGUGGAUUUCUGGGCAGUGAGUUGGCAUGUGCACUUGGCAGUCGAAGCAAAAAAUCAAACCUCACAGUUUAUCAGGUCUUUCCAGAGAAGGGCAACAUGGGGCGCGUGCUGCCAGAAUACUUGGCCCAGUGGACCGCCGAGAAAGUUCGAAAAGAAGGGGUUAUCGUGCUGAGUGAGACCAAAGUCAGCGAAGCUGACCUGGUGAAUGGAAACCAGGUGAAGCUCACGUUGGACAAUGGAAAAGAACUCAUUUCUGAUCAUGUGGUUGUCGCUGUCGGGGUACAUCCGGAUACGAGCCUGGCGGUUGCUUCGGGGCUGGAGGAGGACGACCGCCUGGGUGGAUUCAAGGCCAAUGCCGAACUUGAAGUUCGUACCAACGUCUGGGUAGCUGGAGAUGCCUUAUCAUUUUAUGACACCAAGCUCGGGCGACGACGCGUCGAGCACCACGACCACGCCGUGGUCACCGGCAGGCUCGCUGGGGAGAAUAUGAUGGGUGCACGCAAGCCUUACAAGCACCAAUCCAUGUUUUGGUCUGACAUUGGGCCGGAAGUGGGCUACGAGGCAAUUGGUUUAGUCGAUGCGGAACUUCCAACGGUGGGUGUGUUUGCGAAAGAAGCUCAUCACGACGUAGCAACCUCCGCAGUUCAAGCGACUGGCGGGGAAACAAAAGAUGAGCUGCCUAGACCACCGGAGAAAAAUGAUGAUUUCAGCAAGGGCGUUGUCUUCUAUCUUCGCAAUGACGGUUACGUGGUAGGAAUCGUUUUGUGGAAUGUGUUCAACAGGAUGCCAGUUGCGAGGAAGAUCAUCAAUGAGCACAUGCAAUAUCCUGACUUUGGUGAACUGGCAAAGCUGUUUGACAUUCAUGCUGAGGAAUGAAACUGUCGUAUCUUUGUGCUCCAGCGGCUCAACAGGGAACAGGCCCAGUUUAUUUGGCAAAGAUAUAUUUCCUUUUGCGCAGCGUACUCGGUCUAUCAACGAGGUUAGGAUUGUGGCGAUACUAACAAAGGUUCCAUGAUUUGCCCCAGUUAGCAGCAGUUAGUCCCCCUAGCACAAAUACCCGUGGCGCACAUAAAGCAUGCUUGUUUACCUUUAGAUUUAUUUUUAGAAGCACCCUCGGCGCCAAGGCCAACAUCUGUGUACCGUCAGAUGUCUUCUUCCGGGCUGAGUUCUUGAGCUAACUGUGCGCUUUACGCUGGUACUUCGGGUACAUCAAUGCCUACAAUUGAACAUGUGACUUCUGUAUGUGCCAUUGCCUUCAGUUAUCAUGAAGUUAUGCAAGCUUUUUCUGCUGAGCACUGGUGAUGGUGGUGGCACAGCUGCAUGGCAUUUCAGGGAUUAUUGUUAUGUGACAGAGCCAGUGCAAUGUUGAAUGUGUGUGGGCACUGUUUUGCAUGGUUUUGCAUUAAAGUUUGUAAAGCAACAUAUUCUUACAUGCUCUGGCUGAAGGUCAUCCCUUCAGAGUUACUGAUGGGUCACAAAAUGUGCCAUCGAAUAAGCUAUGCAAUUAGGUCAGCUGUUUGCGCUGCCCCACAAUUUUCCUCUCUUCCCUAUUGCUCAUGAAGCGACCACAUUGGUCCCUUCUCCCAAAUAAGGGGGUAACAUUUCAAGGUGAGGCACACACUGUUUCUUUUGUGGACACAUGCAAGUCUCUUGUUGCUGCCUUGCGAUUGGACAGACACUUCGUCAAGUGGUUUCUCCAAACUUUACCCUCCCCACUGCCAGAGAGACAAGCUGUCCUAGCGUAUAGUCGUUGUGAUUGUUUCUUGGCUCCAAAAAUUAGAUGUAGAGUACACGAUUGUUUCUUGAGCUAUUGUAAUGCUUCAGUUUUGUAGCACAACAGUUCUCAUAGCAGCUGUUGUAAGGAGGAAUGCUGGGCUUACAUUUUUGCAUUAUUUAAAAGAAAUGUGUGGUGAUGAAAAACUGACUCAUGUUAGAAUUAGCACGCCACCUCGUAUCAUGAGUACAUUCAGGCAAUUAUUUCACAAGUUCGGGGGAAUAUACUUGAGAUUACCAGAAUGUUAUGUUGUUAAAUUUCAAGGUACCUGGUAUGACCAGGAAAUAUAUUUGUAGCCUAUACCCGUGAGCAGGUUCUUCACAGCCAUUGUUACAUAGGACAACUUGAUGGAUCUUACAAGCUUUCGAAAAGCAGCUAGAAUCCUCACGAUAAGAAGUAAGAAACUGAAUGCUCGAUAAUUGUGCACAUGUUAGUAAAGUGUCUAGGGAACAGUGUUCAUAGACAUGCAACUAAUGCAUCAGGGGAACCUGAGUGGCCUACAAUUGUCUGAAGAAGCGGGAUGUACAACAGUAUGAAACUGACAGGGACGCGACAUACGCACAUUCACUGAUGGGGCACAUUGUGGCUUGUUAACGCAAGCAUGCUGCAUAGUAGUUAUUACAAAGCUCAGCACUCGAUAAUGUAUUGUACAUACUAAAUGCAGAAAUUAUAUGGAUGCUUUUCAA